GUUUAAGUUACAGAAGCUCAAACCCCAGACCUAUCUAUAAAUAAGUAUAACAUAAAUGGUUUUAUAUAUAACACAUCUACUCUACCAUCGAUUGCCCUCUUCAUUCAUUGAUUUUUUGCGUAGGAUGUUUCCCAAACCACAUUGUUAUGAUCUAAUCCUGCAUAGGAAGAUUGGUAUGAAUAUGCAAACUAAGCACAAGAAGAAAAAAGCGAGGAAACAUGAUUCAGAAUUGAAAUGUAGAAGAUGGAAGGGAGAAUUGGAAGAGAUUAGGAAGGAGCAAAAUAGCAUCACAGAAGGGCAAUCCCGAGUUGGAGAGAAACUGGAGGCUAUGGAAAUUGAAUGUGAAGCACUACAUGAAGAAUCAAAGUUGAUGAUAGAGCGAAGUGCCCUCACUCAAAUUCGUUUCGCUGUCAUGUUAAAUAUAUUGACGGCACGAAAAAACGGAGAUUAUGCUAAGGCUGCGCACUUCACUCAAUUGCUACGUGAAAUAAUAGCAAAGGAUAACAUGCAACAGCAGCAAACACUGAGGAACAGUUGAUUACCCCUAAACUCUCCAAGAGAACUAUCACUGGAAAAACGGACCAACGGUGUGGCGGAAUGGAAUACUUGAUCUUUUUUUUUUUAAAGAAACUUGAUAAAUUUAUUAUAUACGCAUGGAUUGUAUUAGUAAUAGUAUAUGAUAAAAGAAUGUCUUUUAUAUAUAUUCUAUUUUUUUCAAAUAUGUAAUUAAUCAUUUAUAUUCUAUAAUUCUAUAC